UCAUCACCCUAUGCACAUCAAACACAUUCUCUCUCCCAAAGCAAAUAGCAAAUCUAGAAAUCACAAAUGGCUCGUACCAAGCAAACCGCCAGAAAAUCUACCGGAGGCAAAGCCCCAAGGAAGCAGCUGGCGACGAAAGCGGCGAGGAAGUCGGCUCCGGCCACCGGAGGAGUGAAGAAGCCGCACAGAUUCCGUCCCGGAACCGUCGCGCUGAGGGAGAUCAGGAAGUACCAGAAGAGCACGGAGCUUCUGAUCCGCAAGCUCCCCUUCCAGCGUCUGGUCCGCGAGAUCGCCCAGGACUUCAAGACGGAUCUGAGGUUCCAGAGCAGCGCCGUCGCGGCUCUCCAGGAAGCUGCGGAGGCUUACCUCGUCGGGUUGUUCGAAGACACGAACCUGUGCGCGAUUCACGCCAAGAGGGUCACGAUCAUGCCGAAGGAUAUCCAGCUCGCUAGGAGAAUCAGGGGAGAGAGGGCUCAAACCCAUCUUCUUCAUCACAAUUCACAACAUUUCUCAUUCACAUUCUCUAGAGAAGUAACUUCAAAUUUCGAUAUGGCUCGCACCAAGCAAACCGCUAGGAAAUCCACCGGAGGCAAAGCCCCGAGGAAGCAGCUCGCGACGAAAGCCGCCAGAAAAUCCGCUCCGGCCACCGGAGGAGUGAAGAAGCCGCACAGGUUCCGUCCCGGAACUGUGGCGCUUAGAGAGAUAAGAAAGUACCAGAAGAGCACCGAGCUUCUCAUCCGCAAGCUCCCCUUCCAGCGUCUUGUCCGUGAGAUCGCUCAGGACUUCAAGACGGAUCUGAGGUUCCAGAGCAGCGCCGUCGCCGCUCUCCAGGAGGCUGCUGAGGCUUACCUUGUCGGGUUGUUCGAAGAUACUAAUCUUUGCGCGAUUCACGCAAAGAGAGUCACGAUUAUGCCCAAGGAUAUCCAGCUCGCGAGGAGAAUCCGUGGUGAAAGAGCUUGAAGACUAUCUUAGCUUUGUCUAGUUCGUUAAUUAGUAUCGGUUCCUGUGUUAUAGAGCUUGGCUCGUUUUCUAAUUCUGGGUUUGCUAAGGUUUAGUCUUUAAGGUGUUCGACGAAAUACCCCAAUGAAGAUGUUCUCUUUGUUCAAUAUAACUUUUAUUAGCCCAAUUA